UUUCGUUACGUUGUAAAGUUCGUCAUUUAGUUGGAUUGUUUAUAAUAUUGUUUCAUUUUCCAUCUUUUGAAGAGUACACAGUGAAUACAAUGGACUCCGCGUUCCUUCAACAAAUUUACUUAUUGAUGUUUCUUGCUGAAAGUAGAUUCAGAGGUAGAGAGAUGUAUAUGCCCGAAAUGAUAAUCGACAUGUCAACAUUACUGAAAGAUCCUUCUACCCAAGGGAGCAUUAUAUUCAGAAACUUCACUUUCCUAAUCGAACCGAACAGCAUACAAUAUAACGAGAACGACGUUGUUGUAACUCCUAAUACGGAUGAAGAAGGAAUAGAAAAAUUCGAUGUCUGCCUCAAAUUGACCAUAGAGUCGUUGAAUUUUACAACAAUAUAUGUAGCUGACAUUGCUUUAGGGGAGCACAUUCCCAUAUAUGGCGAAGGAAAUAUGGCGAUUCAUCUCAGCAAUAUAGUAAUGGAUUUAUGUACUAUAGCAAACACACAAGAGGCUUAUGCAGAAAACAUGAAUUUGCGGAUGUCUUAUCAACGUGGACAAACUUCUAUCACCGGCAUUUACCUCCAUCCUGAUGCAGAUCGCAUUGGAUCCCAGUUGCUAGAGAUUGGGAGCAGUUUAUUCGAAAUGUGGAAUAAAUAUGAACCAGAGAAGGCUUCUUGUGUUCUGAGUCCUGUUAUGCAAUACAUUUUGAACCAAUUCCUCUAUUACGAACACAAUUCUCUCGAAUUCAACACUACGUGUUUGCAGGAAUCCAUUGUCGGAAACAUAUGGAGAAACUCAAGAGGUUUAUACCAAGAAAUACAAGAUAUUUUGCAAUCACGUUCAGCCUCAACAAUUACAACGAAAGAAACGGAUUCCAGUACCACAGUGAAUGGUUUUCAAUCUAUACUAAAAUUAAUAUUCAAUUGAAAAUUAUUCUUAACGAAUAAGUAUAAGUAAGCUUGUAUAUAAAGGGUAAUUCAUUUUGAAUGGCAAUCUCUGAAGUACAGAUAGUAAAUACCAAAAAAAUAAAAUUUAGCCUAACAUGUCUCAUCAAUAUGUUGCUAGUUUUGGAAAAUUCCCGAGUUUGUAAGUUUUAAGAGCAUGAACAUGAAAUUUUGUAUAGUUACACGAACUUGCAAUACAAUACAAUACGUUUAUUUUCCAUUGGACAUUUUUACAUGUAUACGAAUCGUCGUUAAAACUAGACAGAGAUUGAGACAGAGACAUAAUGUAAAACUUCAGCAAAUUACAUCAUAUUAUCUUCUUUGUCCAUGGAAUAGCGGUUAAAAUAAGUUGAAAAUCUGAGAGCCUGUUCAAUUUUACAUAAAAAUGUACUCUCUUUCAAAUUGUCUAGCUAUAACGGUUUUUGCGAUAUCAGCUCGUGAAAAUAUCUGCGUUUCUCUUAUACAAAUUUUAUUAAGUAUUUCAAAUCAUAAAGUCUGCGAAGUGACACUGAAUAAUCGCCAAUAAUUGAUAUGACAAUCACUAAGUACAUCAACAACAAACAAAAUUUCAAAGUAAAUGUUCGAUCAAAGUUAUUGGGACAUUUUAGAAUAAAAUGUUUCCUUUGAACACUAUAGUGCGGUGAAGUAAAUGAAAAUAAUUUCAAAUUUCAGUUCAAUCGUGAAUAUAGCAGGUAGGAACUGAAGUUUGAAUUGCUUCAUAUAGCCGCAAUAUCUAUAUAUCUAUAGAUCUAUACUUUCGUGAUCGAAAUUCAUGUCGAUCUGUGUUAUAGGACUGUUGGAGGUUAGCGGUUUACUCAUAUCUGUAGGCUGAUAUUAAAAAUUUUUCUUUGAAAUACCUACCGAUCAUUCAAAAUUCUGAAUUUCUCCUAUACAAAUUAAACGUGAGAGCCCAUCAAGAUUCUGGCUGAAAUUUAUUGCUGAAUGUUACUUAUUCCUGUGAAUAUGAAAAUAUUAUGACAUCUAUAUGGCUGGUU